AUUCUAAAUAUAGCUUAUUGACAAGGCUUAGCUCCCACGUUGUAUUGCACAUCCAUUCCCCAGUUCAAGAAAUCGAUUACUUUUUUUAGCAAACUAGUAGCAUAGGAGAGGGAAAUGGUGGGAAAUCAACUAUGCAGGAAGAAACCCAGAGUUCUAUGCCUCCAUGGCUUCAGAACAAGCAGUGAAAUCCUGAAGAAAAUGAUGGGAAAAUGGCCUGAUUCCAUCCUGGGAAACUUUGAUUUCGAUUUUCUCGACGGCCCAUAUCCUGCAACAGGAAAAUCUGACGUUGAAUCCAUUUAUGAUCCACCUUAUUAUGAAUGGUAUCAAGUCAACGAGAUUGAGUGUGUGCAUUUUGAGGAAUGUAUUGCAUAUAUAGAUGAUUAUAUGAUUAAACAUGGCCCCUUUGAUGGUCUACUGGGGUUUUCUCAGGGUGGAAUGCUUGCGUCUGUAAUUCCUCAACUGCAAAGAGAGGGGUCUGCUUUCACCAAAGUGCCGAAGAUAAAGUUUGUAAUCAUAAUAUCAGGCUUUGCACUUCGAGAAUUGAAGUCCGGGCCGCCUAAAAUGCUAGCUAAUGUGUAUUCAGUUCCAAUUGACUGCCCUUCAAUUCAUUUGAUCGGAGAGAAGGAUUUCUUGAAGGAACGAAGUUACAAGCUAAUGGAAAAAUUUGUGAUUCCCUUUCUUGUUCAUCAUUCAGGGGGGCACACCGUGCCAAGACUCGAUGAGAAAGGCAUGGAGACUAUGAACAAGUUCAUGGAUAAAAUCCAGAUGAUUCCACAAGAAUUGCAGAGUGGCUUAGGACUCAAGUCUGCAUUAUAGGUUAGUUGGUUUUCUCUGCCCAUUUGAGAUGAGAAAAUACCCUGGGAAUUGUUGAAUCUUAUUAUGACUAA